AUUAUGUUUUUAUUAUUACUUAGUGGUAUUGUGAUCACUUCCAGAUUUCCACCAUCAUGCAGAAGAUCACCAUCAACAAUUGUUCACAUUACACUGCAUUCCAGAGUUCCUCCAGGCAGAUUUAAUGUUUAAUUUGUGCCCUAAAGUUUUUUUUGUCUUUCCUCCCUCAAAAUGCACCAGCAACCUAAUGAGAUGAAAAAGUGUUCUGGCACACGAUCCUAAAUCCUAAAUAGCUUCUAUUGUGCAAGUAUUUCCCUCCUCAUCACUGUGCUCUGUUGAAUUCCACUAGCAGGUCGUCAGAGCUGUAUCUGAAUUCCUACUCAUACACAUGGUCAGUGUUCUGUGUCCUCAUUUCCCUUUUAUCUUUUCCAUAUUUUGUCUCCCAGUGUUGGAUCUGAAACCUCACCUGAGACACGCUCUCCCUCCCCUGCCCAAGAAGGGAUCUGCAGUGGCCUUCUGCUUGGCCAGCACAACACAUGAAAACCCAGCAGCGUUACCAAACAAGAAACACUGACCAGGUGUUGUCCAGCGGACCUGAACCUUUCCCACUGGAUCUGGGAAUUCUGUAUACUCCACAGCUGAAACCAGGUGAUGACCAGCUGAUCUGGUGUCUCGCCCUACAUUUUUUUUUUUUCCAUCAGGCAGGAGAAAUCAGGAGUGUGGCUGUCAGACAGGCAGACUGCAAGACAUCUGUCCCUGGUCUGCUGCUCAACUUGACGACGGUGAUGAUGAUUAGUAGUGCACAAUCACGGAUUUUGUACAUUUGUGAAGCACCCGGGUCAAAACCCAACACUCCAGUGUAGGAUUAUUUAUAUGUAAUGCAUUUUUCUUUUAGGAAAGCGUUUUUUUUUUUUGCCCAUGAAGAUCCUUUGGGCUCAAUUUGGGGUUCCUUUUUCUUCAGUGCUUACGUGAUGACAGAAUGAUCAUUCUCAGUUACAGUCAGCAGUUGUGUGUGGAUGAAAAUAAAUUUAGGAUCCUCUUAUGCCACAUGCUUCUCCUCCAGAAAAUAAAAAAAAAAAACAUUCCCCUCUCUCCUUUGUCUUCCCAUCAACACGUGCAUGUACAGAGAUUUAUUUUGUAUACGUGUGUUUUGUGUUGAACUUGCAGUGUUUCCAGAAGUGCGAGGUGCAACUCCUCCUUAAAUACAAUUGCUGCACUAGAUAGAAAGAAAUGGCACGAACACCUUGUGAAGUUUUUGUGCUUUUUUUUCUCCGCUCAAAGUUAAAAUAUAUAUAUAUAUGCACCCAACCCGUCAUUCUACGCGGAUAGUGAUUUGGGGGAAAUGAGGACUCCUGAUCCGAUUUUCUGUAUAUUGAUAGCGGCGAAGUCUGUACCGGGGAAAAUGUGGACCCUUUUCAACUACUGCUCAAUUUGCAUAGUGUGAAAGAAAUAAGCUCAAUUGACGUAUCCACGCCCUUGGGAUGUCUUCUAGGGGGAAUGGAACACUUCAAAAAAGGUGACAUGAGACGUUUUAUUUUUUGUCGAGCCGGGCACAUCCAUGGCUCUUCGUUGCGGAAUGCAACGAACAGUGAACCGGGAGUUUAAUACUGCAGUGUCCGAGUGCUGUGUCGGCGUAAUAAAAAGGUAUAAGCAUUGACCUCAGGCAGGCUCAGCCUUACGAGCGGAGAGCCAGAAGGGAACACCCGUCACUGCUCAGAGAUGCAAGUAACCCGGGCCAACCCGCGUCUUACAUAAGCCAGAGCACAUCCGAAACUCGGGGCAGUACUUCUGCGGGGAGCUGACCGGCGGCACGUAUAUGAACAAAACACCCGGGACGCGACCCUUGCACUGAUAAAAGUACCCUUUAAAACCGCAGAUCCACUGACCUACAUGAAAUGCGUUCUUCACCACCGGAACAUGACAUUGGGAAGGAGGAGGGGUGGGGGAAUGAUCUUUAAGUCACCUUAGUAGGAUCAUUACGGUACCCGUAUCCUUCACAGCUCGAGUCAGCGCUCUCAAAUGUUCACGGCCGGGGGUGAGCUCCAGAAGAGGCGCCCCUCACCCGAGACGUGCAGCGGGGCGCACGCCCGGUUCCCGCGCGCGAGUUAACCCACCGGGUGCACGACAAUGGGUCCUGUUGCGGUCGCGCGGCCACCGAGUGCCCCGGCCCCCCGCGCGUGAAACCCCCGUGCGGGCGGACGUACCUUUGCCGACAAACGUGGUGGAACCCUCGGAAUGUUCCAUUUUCAGGAACGGCUCGAGAUAGUAGCGAUGCACUGAAAAUAUGAAAGAGAUGUGAAAGCGAUUAUAAUGGGAGAGAUCAAGGAAUAAAAUGCUUGCAAAUUAACAAUCAGAGUGAAGACAAUCUGAGGCUGAGACACAAGUGCCUCCUGCACGCUGUUCUCCCACUCCUGAGCAAGACUCGCCCCCCGACGUCACCAAUGCGACCAUGGGAAAUCGCAGUGAAUAGGCGGCCACCAACAGCCCCCUUCAAUCAGAGGAGAUUUCCGGGGGAGCCCUGCAAUUCCCCAGCACAUCUCAGGAGAAGCCCUCCAGUGAGAAGGCAGUGGGGGCGUCGAGACAGACCCUCAUUGCACAACUCUUUACACCAGGAUGAGAAUUUCCAUCACCCUCUGUUCUCGCAGCAUCAGCAGCAGAUCUCUUUAGAUGAGUCCAGACCGUACAGUCACACCAGCGUACCGCCACGGAUGCUGCACCCUGCCGCACACCCACCUCAGCAGAACCCCAUCAUGGUCGAUCUCCACGAGCAGAUGCACCAGGGACCGGUCCCUAUAUCAUACACGGUUACCACGGUGACGACCCACGGUUUCCCACUCCAUGCCGGCCAGCCUAUCCCAGGGUGCAACACUCAGCAGCUCCCAGCAUGCUCGGUAAUGUUCAGCGGACAGCACUCUCUGCUCUGCUGCCUUCCGCCUCCUCUGAUCCAAGCCUGCACAAUGCAGCACUUGCCAGUAUCGUAUCAAGCCUUUCCGCCCCUGAUCUCCAGUGAGCAUUUUAUACUCCACCCUCCUCCGCCUGUACCUCCCCACCAGCCGCCUCACCUCGCUCCGCUGAGCCAGUUCGUACCUCUGCAGCCACAGCACCCGCGCAUGCCUUUGCAGAGGGUAGAGAAUGAAGUGGAUUUAAGAGGGGACCAGCACCCUGUGGGAGGGUUCUCCUACCCCCCCACCCAUCACCCACCAGCAAUGCCUCCUUCUGUCCCCCUCCAGUAUCUCCCUCAUGACCCGUUGCACCAGGAACUGCCCUUCGGAGUGCCAUAUCCCCAUGUGUUGCCUCGGCGAGUCAGCGGGCAGAGAUACCGGCUGCAGCAGCCUCUCCCCCCUCCCCCACCCCCGCCUCCCUACUACCCCAGCUUCCUGCCAUACUUCCUCUCAAUGCUUCCAGUGCCUCCAACAGCGGUGGGGCCUGCGAUCAGCCUGGACCUGGAUGUUGAUGAUGUAGAAAUGGAGAACUAUGAGGCAUUACUGAACCUUGCUGAGAGGCUGGGGGAGGCCAAACCUCGUGGGCUCACCAAAGCCGACAUAGAGCAGCUCCCGUCCUACAGGUUCAACCCAGAGAACCACCAGUCUGAACAAACGCUGUGUGUUGUGUGCUUUAGCGAUUUUGAGUCUAGGCAGCUACUUCGAGUAUUACCCUGUAACCAUGAGUUUCACGCCAAGUGUGUUGACAAAUGGUUAAAGACCAAUCGCACUUGUCCGAUCUGUCGAGCUGAUGCUUCAGAAGUUCACAGAGACGUGGAGUGAAACUUCUCAUUGUUGUAACCGGCGUGAAAGCAGCACAAAUAAAUGGAGACCGCUCUCCAUUGGAGACACGGGAAACCUACCGCCUACCCCACCGUGUUCCCCGAGAACAACCCUUUUUCCUCUCCCUCCCUUGAACAAUAAGCAAUCUAGGAUCGUAUCUGGGGCCCUGUCUUACCUCUGCUGUGCAUCGUGUGAGUUUGAUGAAAGCUACUGCCUAGUAUAACCACAUAGCCACCGAGUUCUGGAGUUGUGUUGUGUGUACUUAUUUUGAUUGCCCUUGUGUUUCUGAUACUCCAAAGAUUUAACAUGUAAUAUCUGUUGUGUUUUAACUUUUAAGGAAAAAAAAAAGGCUUAACUUCUUUUUCCAUUUAAUUUGGUUUUCUAGUUGAUGCUAGAGUCAUUCCAAGUACUGCAGCAGUAAUGUGAGGGUGGGGUGGCGUGGGAUGGUGAGGGGGGGCGGGUGGUUGUGCAGUCAGCUGAUUUACAAAGGAAAAGAGAAGAUUAAAACUAGUUUGGGCUUUGGAAAGAAACUGGACCAUUCCACUGACCUGCAGGAAAGGCUUACUGUCAGAGGUGCAUGUUUGUAUCGGUGAUGGGCAAUGUGGCUUGUUAAUAAUGUAUGUUACGCAAUAAUGUACUUUUUUCACCUUUUUUUUUUAAAUCGCUGAAUGCUAUUGUGAAAGUCCAAUUUGCAGUGGUAAAAGGUGCAGUAUCUUUUUAAGGCCUGAGGUUCAAAAACAAGGUAUCAGGAUUUGGACGGUGGACGCUUAUUUAUUUGGAAAAUCCCUCCCGGUUGCAAAAACGUAAAAGGAAGACGCCCCUCCCUGCUCCCCCACCCCACCUCCGACACACACCUCCCACCCUCUGGCGGAUAAAGGACAUGGAAGACAAUUGCUAUUGUUGCUCUGGUAGACGGCAUGCUUCCUAGCUGAGCUAGCAGCACAGAAAGACUCGAGACUAAACGUCUGUUUCUCUGCUGAUCCACUAGACCCUGCUACGCAAACGCAACACCGACUGCCCCAUUCCCUGACUCCACCUGCAGAACACUUUCUUUCUCUGUUCAGGAACUGUUGCUUUGUGUGGCUGCUGGAAUCGGGGCAUGUAGGGAUGUGCAUGGACUGUUGAUUUUUGGAAGAGCAAUAUUUAAAUCAAGAUCGCAACAUUGAAAUCCAAAAGAGGAAUACUAGGUUAACCGAGAGCUCCGGGUCAAAGGAGUGACAUUCGCCUGCCAUGCUUUGCUCAUCUGAAUGGAGCAGGCAAAGGUGGUGGUGGUGAGUGACAGCUUCCAGUAACUUUUGAAGAAGCUAGCUUCAUGGCAUCCUGCAGAAAGCAAUAUUUGCGACGAGUGCCGAAUUUAAUGGAACACUUCUUCCCGACUGGGGGAGGCCAGGUUUUUCCUUGUUUGUGAGCCAAAUAUUCAAUAUACUCUUCAAAUUUUUAGCUCUGCCUUUUCGAGACCUUGACAAGCACAAACAUAUUACUGAUCUUAACAGAAAAUUAUCUUUUUCUGUCAUUUCCACUUAUUUUAGAAUAUAAGGUUUUUAAAUGGUCUUAUUUAUUGGUUUUAUCUUCUGAAAACAAAUCUCGGAAGGACAAGGUCAAAGUACUGACUUGAGGUAUGUCAGUUAAGCACGUGUGAUGUUUAGAAAGCUUGGUCAGGUCUAGAAACCCCUGUGUAGGCGAUAUAAAAGAUGCAGCAUCUUUAUGAAGCUGUGAGCGAACAUUUUAGCUUAAUUGUCUUGUUUUGAAGACAGAAGAAUGUUUAAACAACUUGAAUAGUAUUGCGUAAAGUUCCCUGUGUUCGCCGCUGGUGACAAUAAUUGUUUGAGUUCCUGAUGUUUCAACAAUCGCAAAAUUCAGUUGGAACUUGUUGGGUCAGCUGGGUAAUGCACUGGACUGUCGUUCUCUCAGUCCGUCUUGCUCGGGCCUCAAGUAACUUCAUCUGGCGGAAAACAAAAUCAGAAAUGGUUUCAGAGGUCUUCACAAAAUCCUUCAUAUGUAGAGGAUCUACUUGUAGUACUGCCCCAUCUAGCACUUAUUGGCAGUCUUUACCCUAACAAAGGAGACUUCACUUUCCCGAUUGAACUGAAGUAGACAUGGGCAUAAGCUUGCCAUGUGUAUAGAGAACGUCUCCAGUUUCCCAUUUUACCCUUUAUUAAAAGCCAUUGUAAUGAAUUAUCCCACCACUUAGGUAAUUUAUAUAUAUAAAUAUAUACAUAUAUACAUAUCUGUACACCAGAAUGUGUAUAUAUAAACCUUUCCUAUUUUAAUAUUGUGAAUUUUGUGAGUUUUAAAGAGAUUUUCACUCAGGGCCUUUCAGUUAAUUCAAAUAAAAUAAAGGAGAACAGUCAAUUUCAAAUGGGAAUGAUACCGUGAAGGGGAUGUCUUUGAUUUUCUAUGUGUGUUUUUUGUUUUCCUCAGGCCGUAUGUAGGGUUUAUAAUGCAACCAAUUCAACUUUUGUUUUAAUUUUGCAGAGAGCAAUGGAUAUCGCAUCUUUUAAAGACAGGCAUGCAAGCAAAAAAUAAAGUUAAAUAGAACAGUUAUAAAUAAAUAAAAGAGGCAUUGUGUCACUGCAGCCCAUCAUCAGAGUGUAUGUUAAUCUAACUGUAAACGGUCUGUUUCUGUGUUCUUGUAUUUGAAUGAUAUAUAUAUACACUGGUCGUGUUCCUAUUUUAACUGUGUGCCUUUGCGCACGCUAUCCUACCUAAACCACUUCCAAACUUAUCCUAAAGGUGUUUGCAUGAUUUAAAAAAAAAGUGUGUAUUUUGAGUGAAAGAUAUCUAGAAAGGGGAAAACUAUUUAAAUGUGCACAAUAUGCAUGCAUGUCUGACCAGCUCUGAACUGGUUUUUAGCUAGCUCUAGUUGGCUGUGGGUUUGGGUGGGGGGACUUUGUGCUCAGCUGAUAACUGCCAUGCACUGUACUGCACACAUUUGUAAUGCACUUGAAGGACUGCAAGAUUUUCUUUCGAUCGUAGUAGGAUUUUCUGCCAAGUACGGGCUCCAAUUUCAUGAAAUGACCCUGCAGAAUAUCCAGUGUGCAAAGGAGUUAGAACACAACUUAGCCAGUGGCAUUGUUAAACUGGUGACUGGUGAUGAUGUUCCUGGAAACUAGUUGUUUGAAAGCCAUAUAGCAAAAAGGUGCUAGAUGUUCUAUUUUAAGUAUGUUGCUACAUUCACUUAGUGGAAUGCAAUAGUUUGCUAUGGAACUAAUGUAUUUUAACAGCAUGCAGAGCUAAAGCCAUGCAACUUCAUCCACAGUCGCCAGAUCUUAAAGACAAAAGGGGAAAAGGAAAUACACUAAACGCCUUAAAGAGACAGUAUUUCAUUAAUACAGGUUCAAUUUGUUUUUCUCCAUAGCAAAACAUUGCCAACAGUAUCUGUCUGAGCCAGCCUUAAAUAAAUUGGAUGGAGAAGAGGCCCACUGCCCCUUUGAAAACAUGUUACAACUAUAACUGUUUAUUUUGAAUAUGGUUCCAUCAAGUGGUUAUGUUUUAAAAUAUUUGCAAGCUUUCCUUUGGGUUUUUAGUGACCAGUUGAAGCUUUCCUGGUAGCUUCUCCUUCCCAAACUUAAGUUUUUAAUUCUUUCUGUACCACUGACCGCCUGGAGCCUCUUUCGGUGGUUAGUCUCAAAAUUGUGUUUUGCUGCUACCAUCUUAGCUGUUUCCGCAAAGUAGCCUGUCUGUUAAUUAAACUAGCUCGGGUUGUUUUGGCACUUGUAAAUGUUUUUUGUGAUUGCUGUAUGUCAUUUUACUCUUGUAAUUCUGCUAAAAGCUGUUUUUUUAUUCAUCUGAGCUGUCUUAACCUUGUGAUUUAUUUAAAUCAUAGUAUGCACUUAAAUCCUGUUUUAAAAAUGGUUUCCUUUGUACAAUGAGAAGCUUCUCAGUCUUGCCAAAAAUACUAGCAGCACAAAACAAUGGUUUUUGAUAUGUGAUCAUUUGGGUGCACUCAGCAUUCAUUUGGUACUGGAAAAUCCCAGUGUUCGCACGCAGACAAUACAUUUCAAUAACAGCUCCACACUGGUAUCAGUGUGGUCUUGAGGUUUUAUCAGAGGCGAAAAAGAAUCUUGUAGUCUUUCAGUGAUCCAAUUAAUAAGUAAUCUCACAGCUUGUGUGGUGCAAAAUUUAUUCCAAUAAGCAGCUAAAACUCUUUAGGACUUGUGAUUUGUUGAUUGCUCCGUAGAUGCCACUGAUUGUUUACCAAUGAUUUUUGCUGUGGUGGGAUAGUGGAUUGUUUACUGUUAUAAUACCCCCUGGCCUCUAGGGGAGCUAGCCUGAAAACCAGGCAGCCCCUGGGAAAAAAGGGCCAGGGCACGUGUUCUGUGUUAGGAAGAUAUUUUGCUUUGGUACUUGCACAUUUACAGUUACCUCAUUUUUGCCAUGUUUGUAUUUGAAAAAAAGCUAAUAUAUAUAUAUAGGAAAAUGGUUCUUAAUGCUAUAAUUUUUUUCAUUCCAUUGGAAUCAUAUUGUUUGUAGCAUUUAACAUAUAACUAGUUAUAUUGUAUUAUAUAUACAUCUGUAUACCGAUUGAAAUUUUUAAGAUUUGUACUUUUUUUAAAUGAAAGUUGCUAGUUCUGCUUUACCGAGUAGUGCAAUCAUAUUUUUUUUAAUUGUUGUGGCUGAUUUGAGAGGGUUGUUCACUAAUAAAUGUAUGAUGUAUACCAGUAUAAUAA